AUGGCCUCAAUCUCAACUACGACCGCUAUUGAGCUCGCCACGAGCUCCUCUCCAAGUCCUGCGUGGAGUUUGCGUCACUCCAAUCUUAACAAGGGCAAAACCCAGCCAUCCGAGACAAUUACCGCCAUAGACCAUGUUCUUGAGGCCUCAAGAGAAGUUGAUUCGACGGCUCCCGAGGGCGGAUAUGGCUGGGUCAUCGUGGCCAGUGGCUUCGUUCUGCUCUGGUGGUCCCUCGGCACAACAUACGCCUGGGGCGUGAUGCAGACUGCCUUGGUCGCUGAUGGUCUGGCUGAUCUGGCCGUGCUCUCUUUUGUCGGGUCGCUGCAGGCGGCCUUGAUUUCGGCCUUGGCCAUCGUGAACUCGUUGGUCGUGAGGAAGACGGGAGUUCGUGCAGCAGCGAUGCUGGGAGCAGCGUGCAUGGGCGGCAGCCAUAUUCUCAGCAGCUUCACGAUCAAGAAUGUCGGAGCGUUAUUUUUCACGUCUGGAGUGGUAAUGGGGAUUGGCGUCAGGCUAGUAUUCCUUUCUGCUACCCAGGUCAUCUCGACGGUUCCAUCACAGUACUUCAGCGCAAGACGGGGCCUAGCCAAUGGCUUCAUGUUCGCCGGAAGUGGUUUUGGAGGCGCCGCAAUCAGCUUUGCACUAGACUCGUUGAUUCAAAAGUUGGGCGUUGCGUGGGCAUAUCGCAUCCUCGGGCUAAUGACCCUCUCAACAGCUCUCCCGGCGGCAUGGCUUAUGAAGGAGAGAAUCCCGGCUGAGCGACGGGGAUUCAUUGAGUGGAAACUAUUCGAGUCGCCCACGUUUGUGCUGAUCUUCCUAGGAAGUGCAAUAGGAACCUUUCCCCUGUUUGUCCCGCCAUUCUUUAUCCCACUAUACACAAAGUCACUGGGCUUCUCUACCAACGUCGGCGCUGGCCUGGUUGCGGGCUUCAGCCUCUCCUCUGCAGCGGGCCGUAUCCUCUCAGGCUUCGCAUCCGACAAGAUUGGCUCCAUCAACACUGUUCUCGCGUCGCUUGUCCUGACCGCCGUUACGAUGCUCGCAAUAUGGCCAACAUCCACAACCCUAGCGCCACUCAUCGUCUUUGUCGUCAUUAACGGUGCUGCCAAUGGAGCUUUCUUCUCUACAAUGCCGACGGCCAUCAGCAAGGUGUUUGGAAGUGCGAGAGUGGCUGUUGCUAUGAGCAUGGUGGUAACUGGCUGGGUCGGUGGGUAUCUGAUGGUGAGACCUCACUUCCAUAGCUCCUAUUUUAGCGACGACAGGCAUCAUCUGACAAGAUUCGUUUACCUACAGGGAGCUCCGAUUGCGGGUUACAUCUUGGACAGCUUUGGCGGCGCUGACGGCGGUUUACACGCCUACCGACCUGCCAUGUUCUAUGCUGGUGCGCUUGCGCUUGCAUCCGGAAUCUUCAUUCUUGGUGCUCGAUUUUGCAUUAACAAAUCUCUUUUGGCUGUCGUGUAA